AUGGACUUUGGCGAAUCUACAGCAGAUAGUCGGCCCAUAACAUACCAGGAUUAUCAAACAUCAAUGAUGCAGUCUCAGCCGCAACCACCUUCAGAAACGGAAUACGCCAAUGUUUACCAAAACAUGCCAGCCAUAGAUUUCAAUCCAUCCCAACCAUCCAAUCGAAUGAUGCAGUACCGCCUACCUUCUGGAAUGUCUCCGAAGGCAUCAAGCAGUUAUAAAGAGGAGGAUGCACCCACCGAUACACCUCAUGGCAUGCCUCUAAGGGCAGCAAGGAGACCUUAUGACGAGCCUAGUAUUCCUAAGAAUUUGUCAAACAUGGAAUCCAGCCCACCAGCCAGAAUGGUGUCCCCAUUACCAACGAAAUCCCUAGAGCCAGAGCCAGCAAACAGCUUCCAAACCAUCCCUAGCACUACUGAAAUCAACGCCCCGGGAAAAAGCUGGCAACCAAGGACGUCUCAGGCAGCGAGACAGCUCCAGGAACCGUACACAAUGUCUUCAGACGAAGUCAAUCCUAAUCUUUAUAAACACUCCAUAGCAGCCCCUGGCACUUCUGAAAAAGCAAAGCUGUACAAGGAACUGCCAAAUGACGAUAUGAUCAAGACUGUUCUUAGAACUCAGAAACAGUGGCUGGGGCGGGCCGUGUUAACGCUGGUAAUUCUUCUUGUCGUUGCAAUCGGCGUUGUCCUGGCGUGGAAGCAGGAGGCACCCAGCAAGUCUAGCGUGGAAUAUCAAACUAACGUCGGUAGUUCAAAUACUACAAGUCCUUCUGUAAGUGGCGUAAUAGCUAGUAGUUUACCACCCAAUCCUGUUGCCUCGGGUGUUGCCGCUCAAGCAUCGCCGGUACGGGUGCCGAGUGCGGCUCCAGUCGUCGGAGCCCCAGUCUCUGUAGCAUCUCCCGUAGCAAUAGUGGCAGCACCACAAGUUUCUCCAUCAUCAGGAUAUUCAGACUGCUGUACUCCAAAUAAUGUAACGUAUUCAACAAACUCGGACGGAACUUACACCGCCACCUGCCGCGGAUGUGCUGUUUAUGUUGGUUGUCCAAUAGGAUAUAUUUGUCCCAUUCCGGAGACUGUCCAAGUCGUUGUUUCCAGUCUUUUAGACCGUGUAGAUUGUGCUUAUGGUGGGGCAGUUGGAUUCCGUUAUGAUCCAGCCACACAGUAUUUUGCAUGUGAUAAUACUUGUUACGCCAGUUAUACAUCUGCAGUCGACCAAGACACAUCCUCUUCAUCCAAUCUUCCAUACGUUGCUGUAGCCGGUACUGCAAUCGCAAUCCUCACUGCUACUGCCUACUAUCUCCUCGGCCCUUCCUAUAAACGUCGUCGAAUCAGAAACAAACGAGAAUCCUCUUCCACUUCAAGCCCACUUCUCGAUCAUUCUUCCCGUACUGCAAGAGAUAAAGCAAUGUCUGUAGUUGGAAUUGAUUUCGGAAACCAGAAUACCGUUGUUGCUGUUGCUAGAAACAGGGGUAUCGAUGUCAUUGUCAAUGAAGUUUCAAAUCGUGCCACUCCGUCUUUGGUAUCUUUCGGUGAAAAGCAACGAUAUCUCGGUGAAUCUGCAAAGACACAGGAAAUCGGAAACUUCAAAAACACUGUAGGAUGCCUAAAACGAUUGAUUGGAAGAACAUUUAAAGAUCCAGAGAUCACGAAGUUUGAAAAGAAAUUCAUCAACUCUGACUUGGUUGAAGCUGAAUCUGGUGAAGUCGCGGCUGGUGUCAUGUAUCAAAACGAAAGACAAGAGUUUGCCGCAACUCAGAUCGCUGGGAUGUUCUUCACCAAAGUCAAAGAAUAUACUGGUAAAGAACUCAAGGCUCCAGUCACCGAUGUCGUCAUCUCAUGUCCUGGAUGGUUUACCGAUCGUCAAAGACGUGCAUUGCAUGAAGCUGCUGAAGUAGCUGGUCUGAAUCCAUUGAGAAUCAUGAAUGAUACUACCGCUGCUGCUCUCGGAUACGGAAUCACAAAGACAGACCUCCCAGAUAUCGUUGCAACUCCAACAGCCAAACCACGUAUCGUCGUAUUCGUAGAUGUUGGUGAAUCAUCAUAUCAAGUCUCUGUCGUGUCCUUUGUCAAGGGAAAACUCAUUGUCAAGGCUGCUGCAUAUGACAGGAACUUGGGUGGUCGCAACUUUGAUGAAGUGUUGGUUGAACACUUUAUUGAGGAAUUCAAGGGCAAAUACAAGAUUGAUAUUGGAAGUAAUGCCAAGGCUAGAUACAGGUUACGUGCUGCUUGUGAGAAGGUCAAAAAGGUGUUGAGUGCCAAUUCUAUGACGCAACUAGCCGUAGAAUGUAUUAUGGAUGACAAGGAUGUACAAUCUGUUGUCAACAGAGCUGACUUUGAAACUAUGGCCGCAUCACUCAUUCAACGAUUCGAAGCUCCUAUCAAGGAAGCUUUGGAAUCUGCUGGUGUCACUCCUGCUGAAGUAGACUUUGUAGAAUUGGUCGGUGGUGGUACUCGUGUCCCAUCUCUCAAGCAAUUUUUAGCAAACAUGUUUGAUGAAUCGAAAUUGUCUACUACCCUCAACCAAGACGAAGCAGUCGCUCGUGGUUGUGCUCUACAAUGUGCCGUCAUCUCCCCAGUAUUCAAAGUUCGAGACUUUUCAGUCCAAGACUGGAACUCAUACCCUGUACAAUUGUCGUGGGACCCAUCCGUCAUCCCCACGCCCAAAUCUGGUGAAAAGGAAACAAAAAUGGAAGUCUUCCCUGUAGCAAACGCUAUACCCAGUACCAAAGUCUUGACCUUCUACCGUUCUCUCAACGAUGAGGAAUUGGCUGCCAAGGGUGGAUCUGUGACUUUUGAAUUAGAUGCUCAUUAUAUAGAUCCAGAUACUCCUGGUCGAGAUAUUCCUUCUGGUGUUGGUACUGCUAUUGGUAAAUGGACUAUUCAAGGCAUUAAGAAGCCGGUCCCUCAAGUUGGGGAUAUUGCUAGUGGAGCUGCUGAGAAGGCUCAAGCUACCAUUCGAGUUAAGGCCAAGUUGGAUGGUAAUGCCAUUGUUAGCAUGGAAGCUGCUCAACAAAUCGAAGAAGCACUAGUCGCCAUCAAGGACGAUGAACCAGCUGCAAAGGAUGCCAAGAAGCCGGAAACAAAAGAGAAUGGAUCUUCAGCCAUGGAUACAGAUGAUGUGCCAGCCGACUCUACAGAAAGCUUGGCCGAAUCAGCACAACCCGUACCACCCAAAACCAAACGCAUAGUCCGUAAACACGACUUGACCAUCGUUGCCAAAACCACUGCUCAUCCACGUGAAGUAAUCACCAAAUGGCACGCCGCCGAAUUAGAAAUGGACGCAUCAGAUCGUCUAGUCAUAGAUACUGCAGACCGUAAAAACGCAUUGGAAGAAUAUGUAUAUGAGACUCGUUCAAAACUCGAAAUGGCUUGGAGUGAAUAUAUUACAGAUGCUGAUCGACAGUCCGUACUGAAGGAAUUAAGUGCUACUGAAGAUUGGUUGUAUGGUGAGGGUGAAGAUAGUACCAAGAGUGUUUAUUCGGACAAGUUGAAGCAUCUCAAAUCGCUUGGUGAUCCUGUCGCUUUCCGAUAUCGUGAAUGGGAUGAACGUGCUCGUGCCGAAAGGAUGUUUAGAGAGUAUGCCAACUCGGUGUUGAUUGCUCUUGCUGCUGAGGAUGGUCGAUUCGCUCACAUCCCAGCAGCUGACUUGGACAAAGUCAGUACCGAAGUACACAAAAAAUUGGAUUGGUUGAAUCAAGCCAUUUCCAAGCAAAACGCUAUGGAACGGUAUCAAGAUGUCCAUGUCACUGUCGACAAAAUCAACCAAGAAAAGACAGCAUUAUUCCACACAGUCAACCCAAUAUUGACAAGACCCAAACCAGCUCCAAAGAAGGAAGAACCCGCAGCAGCUCCUGCAACUCCAGCAGAGACACCAGCUCCGGAAACUCCUGCCACACCAACCGAGGAUACUGUGAUGGAUGAUGUCGUCGAAUAA